AUGGAAGCUUUGGAAGCACGCUCUGCUGCUCCUCCUGUGGCCCUUGACGGUUCUCCUGCUGAUGACGACGACACAAUGCUACCUACCGACCAUAUUGUCGAACGACCUAUCGCAUCUGAGCUCACUCCUUUCCCCGAACUUAUUAAAGCCAUUCCCAGGAUGGAGCGCGACUUCUUCCGGCAACCCUUGGACGAAGCCUCUCGCCGCCGAUUCCUCCUUAACUGCCCACGAAAUGUACUUCGUCAGUACCAAGCCCCUGUUCUCAACUACAGUGGCGUGGGAACUCACACCAAACGUACUGAUGCCCAACUCGCUGAUAUUCAGUUCCGCCUAUCUGGUCUCACCCGUCACAUCGACCUGUUCGCACAUGAUGUGCUUGUGGAAGGAUCUAUCCAGGUUACACAGGCGUUGGGUUUUGCCAACACUAUGCAUGAAUUACUAUCAGACCUUGCCUCUGUUGUCACCCAGAUGCGUAGUGAUAAUAUCUGCCGAGAUGCCAAUCUGCCUAUCUCACCAAUUGUCACCAACUCUGCCUUGGAGCCCAAACCACUUCUCGACUCUCAACGAAUUGUGAAACAAGCUAAGCUCCAGCGUGCUUUGCACGACGCCGCACGGCCUUCCCGAACGAGAAAGGGAAAAUGCACCGGCCAAUCAAACCGGACCAACAAACCCACUCAAUCUGUCCCGACUUCUGCUACCCCAGUCCCAUCUUACCAGCGAUCUUCCCAUCCCCACGACGCGAAGAAGGUUUUUCACAGUCGCCCACAGCUGUCCAAGUCUCAGACAACCAAUACACCACAUUAG